AGUUGGCCAGCCCCUUCUAGAGCCUAAGAGAAAAUCAACCCAGUUCCCAAAUGUAAUUGGUCAGUUACUUCCAGAAGAAAAGAAAGACCUAUGACAUCCCUGGAGAGUUCUUACCUAUGACAUCCCCGGAGUGUUACUUACUGCGAUCUUCCCUCAGGCCCUGCAGGCAAUAACGGGCUGUCUGUCCAGUUCCUGUUUGCCCUGGACACCUGCAGUUCACCUCUUAUGCACUCCAGCACCCCCAUCAGCUCCCUCUUCUCCUUCACUAGCCCAGCAGUGAAGAGACUGCUAGGCUGGAAGCAAGGAGAUGAAGAGGAAAAGUGGGCAGAGAAGGCGGUAGACUCGUUAGUGAAGAAAUUAAAGAAGAAGAAAGGAGCCAUGGAUGAGCUGGAGAGGGCCCUCAGCUGUCCAGGGCAGCCCAGCAAAUGUGUGACAAUUCCCCGGUCCCUGGACGGGCGGCUGCAGGUGUCCCACCGCAAGGGUUUGCCCCAUGUCAUUUAUUGCCGAGUGUGGCGCUGGCCUGACCUCCAGUCUCACCACGAGUUGAAGCCACUGGAGUGCUGUGAGUUCCCAUUUGGUUCCAAGCAGAAAGAGGUGUGCAUUAACCCCUAUCACUACCGCCGGGUGGAGACUCCAGUGCUGCCGCCUGUCCUCGUGCCAAGGCACAGUGAAUAUAACCCCCAGCUCAGCCUUCUGGCCAAGUUCCGCAGCGCCUCGCUCCACAGUGAGCCUCUCAUGCCGCACAACGCCACCUAUCCGGACUCUUUCCAGCAGCCUCCGUGCUCUGCCUUCCCUCCCUCGCCCGGGCCCGGGCACGUGUUCUCACAGUCCCCAUGCACCGCUGGCUACCCUCACUCCCCAGGAAGCCCCUCGGAGCCAGAGAGCCCCUAUCAACACUCAGACUUUCGGCCAGUUUGCUAUGAGGAGCCGCAACACUGGUGCUCAGUCGCCUACUAUGAACUCAACAACCGAGUUGGGGAGACGUUCCAGGCCUCCUCCCGCAGCGUGCUUAUCGAUGGAUUCACAGACCCUUCAAAUAACAGGAAUCGAUUCUGUCUUGGACUUCUUUCUAAUGUAAACAGAAACUCAACAAUAGAAAACACCAGGAGACACAUAGGAAAGGGUGUGCAUUUAUACUACGUCGGGGGCGAGGUGUACGCCGAGUGUGUGAGCGACAGCAGCAUCUUUGUACAGAGCCGGAACUGCAACUAUCAGCACGGCUUCCACCCGGCCACCGUCUGCAAGAUCCCCAGCGGCUGCAGUCUCAAGAUCUUCAACAACCAGCUCUUUGCUCAGCUGCUGGCUCAGUCGGUUCACCACGGAUUUGAAGUCGUCUAUGAGCUGACUAAGAUGUGCACUAUCCGCAUGAGCUUUGUUAAGGGCUGGGGAGCUGAGUAUCAUCGCCAGGAUGUCACGAGCACCCCCUGCUGGAUUGAAAUUCAUCUUCAUGGACCACUGCAGUGGUUGGACAAAGUUCUGACUCAGAUGGGCUCUCCACAUAACCCAAUUUCUUCAGUGUCUUAACAGCCAGUCAUGUCUUAACCUACAUUUCUAUAGAAUAGAUGCUAUUGCAGGCAGUGGCUUAUAUAGCAUUUCAGAUUUGCAAUUAACUGAAGUUUCUAAGUACAUAAUGUAAAUACUUAUAAUAUAUACUAUUCAUAUUUUUUAUCACCAGUUGUUUUGUGCUAGAAUUUCUAGUCAACCUGAUGCCAGUACAACGUGAUUAGAAAAGCAGGUUUUUCAUGCCUAUGCUAUAGGAAGAAGCGGCUUCUUUUGUGGGAGGAAAUAAAUGAAAGGCAAUUGCGUCAAUAGAAUUUGAAAAAUGUUGGCAGAAAAAAAAGGCAGCGUUAGUCAGCCGUGUCAUUAUAAGGCAUGUUGUGUGGCCUACCAGAAAAAUAUCAAAACUGUUUAUAUCUUACAAAUCAGGGUACUAGCAGCACUAGAGAAAGUGACACUUUCAGACAAAAGAAAACAGUCAAACCCGUAACAUUUAAACAGUCUCACUUUUAGUGCUAUUGGCAAGAA